GGACUCUAGUCGUCGGGCUGCCGGCGGCCAUGGUGUCAGUGCCGCUCUGCCCGCCCCAAGGACCGGUCCAUCCGAUCAUCAUUGUCAAUCCUUCUGCGCCGCCCGUGCAGAGCUCUAGCUCUGCUGCUGCUCUGCUGCACCGACCCCGGCCACCUCGACAUGUCGGUGAUAUACCGCCGGUCCAUGGCUUAUCUCGAUAAGUUCGUGCCGCCCAAAUACGCGCCGCUGUGGAACCACCCCGCAGGACCUAAAACGAUCUUCUUCUGGUCGCCGUGGUUCAAGUGGGGGCUUGUGAUCGCGGGCCUGAGCGACGUGCAGCGGCCGGUGGAGACGGUGUCGUUGUCGCAGUCGGCAGCGCUGUCCGUCACGGGGCUCAUCUGGUCGCGCUACUGCCUGGUCAUCACCCCCAUCAACUACAACCUGUGCGCCGUCAACGUGUUCGUGGCGCUGGUGGGCACCUACCAGGCGCAGCGCGCUCUCAGAUACCAUCUCUCGUUGUCGGACUCAACAGUCCCGGAGUCUGAGACGGUAGCAUAAAAGCAAAACACGAGCAAGAAUCUCAAACUCAAAUUGAUGGAUUGUGCUCCCCGAUCGGGGCCUCGAGGUCAGCCACUGGCCGCACCAAAACCACACUGACAAGCCUAACUAUAGUUAGCUGUGUAUACACAGCUUCCCCACAUCUCAACGAUAAUGAAACAAUGAGUCUCGCGUGACCUAACUUGGUCUUCCCUGACCACGCCCACAUUGAUGAGACGACGUUCUUUCUAACUUUCGAAGGAGAUUGGCGCAAAAGCAAGGAGGGAUGAGGUUGCGCUGCUUCUACGGGAGUUCCUGCAGCGCGUCAGACAAAUUAAUUUGAUCGGGACAAACAUUCUCAAACGAAACUGCGAGCACAUACUUUGUAAUGCCAAUAAUCUCCUCGUACAUGAGCUAGUUUGGUACAAAAUAGUAAAACUGGAAUAUCUUCAAUAAGCCAGACUUUUUACUAAUGUUUCAGAGUGUUUCUACCAUUUAUUACUGUUCAAACUGACCGCCCUUUUCAAAUAUGUGUUUCGUUUUAUUUUAAAAGUGGCAUUAAUUUGUAAAUAAUAUUUUUGGGCGAUGAGUUGGACUUUCAUUGCUUCGAAAUAAUUCAAAGUACCUGUUAUAAUGACAAAUUUCAAAUUCGUUUCAAUUGGAAAUAAAGUGUUUAAAUGGCA